AAUGCAAGAUGGCUCCUCGUAUAAAAACAGUCUUCUGGGUAGCUCUCAACGGGCAACUAAAUAACUCUUUACACCGUGUUAGGUUGAAAUACUUAUCUACCAGGAGUGCUGAGGGGUAGCGCGUGCUAUAGAUUGAUAUGCGUGUGGUGCUUGGCGACAUUUUGGUGCAGAAGAUACCGAAGAGACAAGAGGGACAACUUUGAAGCCACGAAUUGGUGGUGAAGUCGCGCUCUCUCCGGCAGACAGUCGGUGUGGUCCCAGGCAGCAGCCUGGGCCCUCGGCUAGCUAGCGGUAGCUGCUAAGUGGCUAAUGACUUCGGCUACUGUUGUCGGUCGCAUUGGAAACGUGAAACAGCAGAGAGGGAACAUCCUCGAAUGCCCGCUCGCCAUUUGAAUGCGGGACUUGAAGGGCCUUAACACUCGUGACCAUGGCUGUAUCGAGACUUGAUCGUUUGUUCAUCCUGCUCGACACCGGAACAACACCGGUAACCAGAAAGGCGGCAGCCCAGCAGCUUGGAGAAGUGGUCAAACUCCACCCGCAUGAACUCAACAACCUUCUUUCAAAAGUCUUGACAUACCUAAGGAGUCCCAACUGGGACACUCGAAUAGCAGCAGGCCAAGCUGUUGAGGCCAUUGUGAAGAAUAUUCCUGAGUGGGACCCGUCCCCCAAACCCAAAGAAGAGUCUUGCGAAGACUUGUCUCCAGAGGACUCCUCUUGUGACCGGUUGAGUUUCUACAACUUCGACAUCUCUCGUCUACUCAAACAUGGGGCCUCUCUGCUGGGAUCUGCUGGGGCGGAGUUUGAGCUGCAGGAUGACAAAGCUGGAGAGAUGGACCCUAAGGAAAGACUUGCUCGCCAGAGGAAGCUUCUUCAGAAGAAGUUGGGUCUGGACAUUGGUGCCACUAUCGGAAUGGACACAGAGGAGCUAUUCAAUGACGAGGACCUUGACGAUAACUGUCAACUAAGUGGACUUAGAGCCCAUGGAAGCAAAGUCACAGCUGGAUCCAGCUCCCGCAACCACGUUCCCAUUCAUGCUGCUGAGUUGAUUGACUCAGAGUUCUGUCCAGGCAUGAGCAAUCGUCAGAGGAAUAAGGCUAAGAGGAUGGCUAAACUAGUGGCAAAACAACGAUCCAGAGACGUGGAUCCAAAUGAAAAGAGUAAUGACAGUUUUGAGGGUGAACCUGAAGAAAAGCGAAGGAAAACCACCAAUGUCAUUAUUGAUCAACCGGCAACAGAGAAUAAAGUCUUAAUCGACAACGUUCCAGACAACUCCAGUCUUUCAGAAGAGACACAUGAGUGGCCUCUGGAGAGCUUCUGUGAAGAGCUCUGCAAUGAUGUCUUCAAUCCUUCGUGGGAGAUUCGUCACGGUGCUGGUACAGGUCUUAGAGAAAUCCUCAAGUCCCAAGGCGCUGGGGGUGGAAAGUUGGUGGGAAGCACUGCAGAACAGAUGUUGCGACAGCAUCAGGAGUGGAUAGAGGACCUGGUCAUCCGCUUACUCUGCGUCUUCGCUCUGGACCGCUUUGGUGAUUUUGUAUCAGAUGAGGUGGUGGCUCCUGUCAGGGAGACAUGUGCCCAGACUCUUGGUGUGGCCCUUCGCCACAUGAAUGAAACUGGUGUUUCCAUGACGGUGGACGUUCUGCUGAAGCUGCUUAAAGAAGACCAGUGGGAGGUCCGUCAUGGAGGCCUGCUCGGCAUCAAGUAUGCCCUGGCUGUCCGGCAGGACUUGAUCUCUGUGUUACUGCCCCGGGUGCUCCCUGCCAUCACUGUCGGCCUACAGGACCUUGACGAUGAUGUCAGAGCUGUGGCGGCUUCAUCCCUCAUCCCUGUGGUGGAAGGCUUGGUACAGCUACUGCCCAGUAAGGUGCCCUAUAUAGUGAACACACUAUGGGAUGCACUUCUAGACCUGGACGACCUCACUGCUUCCACCAACAGCAUCAUGACAUUGCUGUCCUCACUGCUCACCUACCCACAAGUCCGACAGUGCAGCAUGCAGCAGUCAUUAACUGUCCUGGUUCCUCGUGUUUGGCCGUUCUUGAGACACACUAUAUCAUCAGUGAGACGUGCAGCACUGGAAACUCUUUACACUCUGUUGUAUAAAGCUGACCAGAGCUGUGCAAUGUGGAUCAACCCCAUCCUACAAGAUAUGCUCCGGCACAUCUUCCAGUCCUGCAUACUGGAGAGCAAUGAAGAAAUCCUUGAACUGAUCCAAAAGGUGUGGAUGGAGCUGCUGUCUCAGGCCCCCCAGCAGUAUGUGGUUGCAGCCAGCUGUCCGUGGAUGGGUGCCUGGCUCUGUCUCAUGAUGCAGGCCUCACAGAUUCCUAUAGACCUGAACAUGCUGCUGGAAGUGAAAGCUCGAUCCAAGGACAAGGCUGGUGCAAAGGCUCGACUGGGGUCCAAUCAGGUGAAGGAAACGGUCCAGGAGUAUAUCGCAGGGGCUGAGACUGUGACGGACGACUCUGUGACGAGGGACUACGUCGUGGUUCGAGCUCGCCUCAUGGCUGCCAAAUUGCUGGGGGCUCUGUGUAGGUGUAUCUGUCACCCUCAGCUCAAUGCUUCAUCUCAGGAGAUCCGACCAGCCGAGUCUUUGGGCCAGCUGUUGCUCUUCCACCUCAACUCCAAGUCUGCCCUGCAGCGCAUAGCUGUGGCUCUGGUGCUUUGCGAGUGGGCUGCACUGCAGAAGGAUUGCCAGGUGGUGUCAUCCAUGGUGCAACCUCGUCUUCUGGCCAUUCUGUCUGAGCAGUUGUACUACGAUGAAAUCGCCAUCCCCUUCACACGCAUGCAAAAUGAGUGCAAGCAGCUCACCGCUUUGCUGGCCGAUUCUCAAAUAGAUCUUCAAGACCGCCUCAACUGUAGCGUUUUCACCAUUGACCAAGCUAGUGAACUGGUUACCACCGUCUUUACAGAGUCAACAGCAGGUCUGAGCGUGACGUCUAAGCCGUGGCAGGCGCUGGACAGUAAGCGGCAGCAGGCUCAGGCGACAGUGGUGGAGACCAACGCGGAAUGGCAGCAGCUGCAUCUGCGCGUCCACAUGUUCACAGCAUGCGCUGUCAUCAACCUGCAAGUGCUUCCUGACAAGCUUAACCCACUGGUCCGGCCUUUGAUGGAGGCAAUCAAGCGGGAGGAAAACACCCUGAUUCAGGGUUACACAGCUGCUUUUAUAUCCAAGCUGUUGCAGCAGUGUGCUGGACGCUCGCCUUGCCCCAACCCCAAGAUCAUCAAAAACCUCUGUGCCUCGGCCUGCGUGGACUCGUCAGUCACACCAUCGUCCGCCUGCCCCGUGCCCCCCACACAGGAAAAUGCCAAAGGUGGUGGGUUGGAAAAAGACUGCAUGCAUCACAUGGUCAACAAAACCCGCGGCAUCAUCACACUAUAUCGUCACCAAAGAGCAGCAUUUGCUGUCACUAGUAAGAGGGGGCCCGCUCCUAAAGCCCCGAAGCCCCCCUCAACAGAGCUUCCUCCUGGCAGCACCAUCAGCACCGAUAAUGAUGAGAGCAGGAAGCCAUUUCUUAUUCAGAGAAGAGGGGCAGAGUUCUCCCUUACAACUGUUGCCAGGCACUUCAGUGAAGACCUCACCAAGUCUCUUCCUUACCUCUGGGAGAACACCGUGGGACCGUUGAGGACAGCGGUGACGGAAAAUCAAUGCAUCGACAGACAGGUCCAGCUGGAGAGGGGAGACGCUGCAGCCCAGGAUUUGGUCAACUCUCUGCAAGUUCUGGAGGUCAUCGCUGGGGCCAUGGCUCCUGAACUGAAACCGUUGUUACUGGAGCACCUACCGCAUCUGUUCACCUGCCUGCAGCACCCAUACACAGCGGUGCGUCACAUGGCCGCGCGCUGUGUGGGCGUGCUCAGUAAGCUGGCAAUGCUGGAGACCAUGAACAGUUUCCUUGAGCGCGUCCUCCCAUGGUUAGCUGCCAUUGAAGACUGCACCAAACAGGAGGGAGCCAUCGAGGCUUUAGCCUGUGUCAUGGAGCAGCUGGAUGUGGACAUCGUACCGUACAUUGUGCUGCUGGUUGUACCAGUUCUGGGCCGUAUGAGCGACCCCAGUGACAGCAUUCGUUUUAUGGCCACGCAGUGCUUUGCCACACUCAUCCGGCUUCUUCCGCUAGAGGCGGGUAUACCAGACCCUCCAGCCAUGUCUGCAGAUCUUAUCCGCCAGAAAGCCAGAGAACGCCACUUCCUGGAGCAACUGUUGGAUAGCAGAAAGUUGGAGAACUAUAAGAUCCCUGUGCCCAUUAAGGCUGAGCUCAGGAAGUACCAGCAGGACGGCGUGAACUGGCUCUCCUUCCUGAACAAAUACAAGCUGCACGGGAUCCUGUGUGAUGACAUGGGUCUCGGGAAGACGCUGCAGUCCAUCUGCAUUCUGGCAGGAGAUCACUGCCUCAGGGCACAAGAAUAUGCCAAGACAAAGGCCGCAGACUGCAGCCCCCUGCCCUCCCUGGUGGUCUGUCCUCCCACACUCACUGGCCACUGGGUGGAUGAAGUGGGCAAGUUCUGCAGCAGAGAAUACCUCAACCCACUGCACUACACAGGGCCUCCUACAGAACGGAUGCGGUUGCAACACCUUGUGAAGAAACACAAUCUAGUUGUAGCCUCUUAUGAUGUUGUACGUAAUGACAUCGACUUUUUUAGAAAUAUCAAAUUCAAUUACUGUAUUCUUGACGAGGGUCAUGUCAUCAAGAACGGGAAAACCAAACUUUCCAAAGCCAUUAAGCAGUUGGCGGCCAACUUCCGGGUCAUCUUGUCAGGAACACCCAUUCAGAACAACGUACUCGAGCUCUGGUCGUUGUUUGACUUCCUCAUGCCGGGGUUCCUCGGAACAGAGCGGCAGUUUGCUGCGCGCUACGGUAAACCCAUCUUGGCCAGCCGCGACGCCAAAAGUUCCUCGCGGGAACAGGAGGCAGGUGUCCUGGCGAUGGAGGCCCUACAUCGCCAGGUGCUCCCCUUCCUUCUGAGGAGGAUGAAGGAGGACGUCCUCCAGGACCUUCCUCCUAAAAUCAUACAGGAUUAUUACUGCAACUUGAGCUCUUUACAGGUUCAGCUGUACGAAGACUUUGCCAAGUCUCGAGCCAAGGCCAGUGUGGAGGACAGCAUCUCUGUGUCUUCCACAGAAGAGGAGGAGAAGCCCAAGCUGAAGGCCACGGGCCACGUCUUCCAGGCCCUGCAGUACCUGCGGAAGCUUUGUAACCACCCCAGCUUGGUCUUGACCCUGCAGCAUCCAGAGUACAAACGCAUCACCGAGCAGCUGGCGUGUCAGAACUCCAACCUGCGGGACAUUCAGCACGCGCCCAAACUCUCCGCUCUCAAACAAUUGUUGCUGGACUGUGGUCUUGGUGGUGGCGGGGGAUCGGAGGGAGGUCCUGAGGCCGUGGUGGCCCAGCAUCGCGUGCUCAUAUUCUGUCAGCUGAAGAGCAUGCUGGACAUUGUGGAGCACGACCUGCUGAAACCCAAACUGCCCAACGUCACCUACCUGAGGCUGGACGGCAGCGUGCCGGCUGGCCAUCGCCACGCCAUCGUCUCCAGGUUUAACAAUGACCCUUCCAUCGACGUGCUGCUGCUCACCACCCACGUCGGUGGGCUUGGUCUGAACCUGACGGGAGCUGACACUGUGGUGUUUGUUGAACAUGACUGGAACCCCAUGAGGGACCUGCAAGCCAUGGACCGUGCUCAUAGGAUAGGACAGAAACGGGUCGUGAACGUGUACAGGCUGAUCACACGGGGCACGCUGGAGGAGAAGAUAAUGGGUCUGCAGAAAUUCAAGAUGAGCAUCGCCAACACGGUCAUCAGCCAAGACAACGCCAGCCUGCAGAGUAUGGGCACCGACCAGCUCCUCAACCUCUUCAGUCUUGACAAGGAUGAGAAGGGUGAGCAGACGGCGUCGACCUCGGGUAAGGACUCCAUGAAGUCGGUGCUGGACGGCUUGGGAGAGUUAUGGGACCAGCAGCAGUACGACACAGAGUACAACCUGGACAGCUUCAUGCACUCGCUGCAGUAGCAGCCCACGCAAGCCUCCAUGUGCCGGCCAAGCAGGACCUGGUCAGAGCCCGAGGAGGACCCCCCCCCCACACACACACCGCUGCAGUUAUCUGCCCCAUUCCGAAGUCCACGUCACUUUCUCAAAGGUUACUGUAAGGAAUCACUGAUGGCUAAUGGUUAAGCAAUAACUAACAGCCAAAACAAGAACUAAAUCCACACGUUACUGCUCCAAAAAAUGACACGUAUGCCGCACCAGCGUUGAAACAUUUUCUUUUAAUGUUUCUGAGCAUUAUCAGACAUCAUGACCUCCACGCAGGUUUUCAACAAAUCUGCAAACAGAACAUAAGGCGCGCCGACAACGUACUGUUGGUAACAGACGUCUCCAGUGUUAGUUUAGCUAACGGCAGUGUCACUGCUGUGUACAGUGAUGUCACUGCUCUCGAGGCCUCCGGUGUGUCAUAAUUAUGCUUUACAGUAAAUGGCACCAGGUGCUGCUCUCACAGCCCGCCGCCCUCCUCUUAUGUCGGAUUGCCAGAGUAAACAGUGUUAACCGCUUCAGACACCGUUACCCAGUCGCACCAACCCUCUCUCAUCUGCCAUCACAAAGUCUUAAGAAGCACUGCUGUACCCACGCACGCCUUCCAAUACCUCUCUGUAAAACCCCGGGAUACAAACAUGUUUUUGUACGACAAAAAGGAAACGGGGGGGUGAGUGCCAAGCUCGCUGGAGGAACCACAGAAUGGCAUCGUGUUCUGGCUUUUUAUAGCACAUCAGUGACGAUUGUGCUCAACAAGAUGACUCCUCCAGGUUGCACUACUUUUUUUUUUUUUCUUUUUUUUUUACCCUCGUCGGGAGAAUCCUUUCACACGACCUGUGGCCAUCAAGAGGCUCUGGUGGAGAAAUAAUCAAUGUUUUCUAGUGUGGGGAGAGAAAAAAAAAACAACAACUUGGGACAGCACUGCACUUGAAGCAGCAUUAUAGAGACGCUGAAACUGGUACCUGAAACUUGUCACAAGUGUUUUAAAAUAAUGAUAGACUUGUACAUAUGUCUGUAAUUGCUGCUCUUUGUUUAUGAGCGUGGAAUUGUAAUAAAUUCUGCAGACCUUUGAA